CUCAAUUAAAAUUCAUUUAUUCAUUGUUUUUUGUUUUGUUGAAAAAAAAUCCACAGAUCGAAUUCAGCAGAUCGAUUGAUUUCGAUCGAUUGAAUAUCGAAAGGAUUAAUUUUUGGUUUUCUGGUUUGAACAUCGUCGAUUAGUGCUUGUUUUUUUUUGUUUGGUUGGUUGGCCACACACACAGACAUCGAAAUGAUUUCUGUUUCGCUAAUAGGAUUUCUGUUCGGUUGUCGUUGGCGACUUGAUUGUAUAUAUUUUUUUCUUGUUGUUGUUGUUGUUGUUUCGAUUCACGGCGUAUAACAAAACUGCUCCAACAACAACAAUAACAACAUUUUUCGAGUGUCUCUUUCUCUCUCAUUCGCUCUUUAAAUGUUUCUCCACUCAAUUUCUCGGGUUUCAAAAAGAAAAAAUCGAUGGUGCUCAAUAUGUUCAUAUGUUUUUUUUUUCUUCUGUAAAGAUUGAGCCGAAAAAGAAGAUUUUCUGUUUUGUUCUGUUGUCAUCAUCAUCAUCGAAAGUAAGAAAAACUAAACCACCCAAACUGUUUUUAUUUUCAAAUGUAAAAUUAUGCAAUCAUCAAGUCUUCCAUCAUAAUUUAACUGGAUUCUUUUUGACAAAAUAUUCCUUUGAAGAAACCAAUAGAAACAACCGAGAGUUUUCAUAUGUCUAAAACCAAAGAUCAACAGUCAUCAACGAAAAUCAAUCAAAAUGUUGAUGAAAAUAUUGAAAAAUUGAACAUCAACGAUGAAGACGAAGAUGAUGAACAAAAACCGAUUGAAUCUUCAUCGAAUGGUGGUGAUGCAAACAGUAACAACAACAACAACAAAGAAGAAAUACGAAGACGUUUAGCAUUCGAAAUUGAUGAUGAUCCAAUUGCUCAAUAUAAAUUGAAUGUACAUAAAUCAAAGAAAAAAUCACAAUCAUUAUUAUCAUCAUCACGUAUACAGAAUUUAGAUAGUUUACAAAUAUGUUUUCUAAAUGAAAAUAAUACCGAUAAUAAUGAUGAUUAUAUAUUUGGUGAUCUGAAUCAAAUUGGAAAUGAAACAAAUAAUAAUGAUAUUAUAAUGCAAAAUCGUAUUUAUUAUUUGUUUAAAAAAUUACAAAAAGUUAAUUUUGAUUUAGAUAAAGUUGAUCUAUUUGUUGAUAUUGAAAAACCAAAUGAUCAAUUAAAAUUUUCUGAAUAUCAUUCAAAAUUAUAUACAGAAGCAAAGCUAACACUUUCACAGAUUAAAGAAAUUUGUAAAUUACGAUUAAAAAUUGAUAAAGAAAAUGAAAAAGAAAUAUCAUCCAUUUAUGAUUUGAUACAUAAUUUUCCACCUGAUUUUCAAAAAGGUAUUACCAAAUUAACCAUACCGAUUUUACGACGAUUACGAAUGUCCGAACUUCAAUUAAUUGUUAAUGAUCAUUUUAGUCGAAUCGAAAAACUAAAUACAAGUUUAGUUAAACUUUUAAUCACUCGAGAUGAAUUAUAUAUGGAACAAGAUUCAUUAUUGGUUGAUAUUGAAGAUCUCACUAAAUUUUUACUUUCCAAAUGAAAUCAUUUUUUUUAAAAAAUCAAAAACUUCGGUGCAAACAUACAUAGAGAAUCUUUAUCAUCAUUUUAAACAUUGGAAGGAAUAAUAACGUUAUAAUCUUCAUCCGUUUCGAUACCAACUUCUUCG